AUGACCGACAGCCAGGUCCCCGCCGCAGCUGCCGCUGCUGGGAAGUCAUUGGCGACCAAGAAGAUCGUCUUCGUCCUGGGAGGGCCAGGGUCUGGCAAGGGAACGCAGAGCGGCAAGCUUGUGAAGGAGUUUGGUGCGGUACACCUCUCUGCUGGCGACCUCCUCCGCGCCCACAUGAAGUCUGGCACGCCUGAUGGCCAGAUGGUGGCAGACAUGAUCGCCAACGGUCGGAUCGUGCCCUCACAUGUGACCGUCACACUGCUGAAGGAUGCCAUGGAGGCGUCUGACAAGAGCCUGUUCCUCAUCGAUGGCUUCCCAAGGAACGAGGAGAACCGGGCCGCAUUCGAAAAGCAGGUCAUGAUGGAACGCCUGCUGGGACGCCAGGAGGGCAGGACCGACGACAACAUCGAGACCAUCCACAAGCGCUUCAAGGUGUUUACGGAGCAGUCCCUCCCUGUCGUGGAGCACUAUGAGGCUCUCAGCAAGGUGGCUCGCAUCGACGCCCACCGCGACCCCGAGGAAGUCUACCGUGAAGUGCGCAGGCUCUUCGAAGAGCUCUGA